CGCUCACCCAAAAUCGAAACACUCAUUCCAUUUUCCCUCCUGAAAAACGGCGGCCGAAACCCGCCACUGAUUGCGCCCACUUUUCAGCCCACGUCAAUCGUCACUGGAAACUUUCACCCCCCAAGCUGCCCGCCGAUUUGCUAACGUAACCGGUGAGGGUGAACUGUGCGAGUGUAAAGUUUUUAAUUUAUUAUUUUUUUUAUUGUAAAUUAGUUGAAUAAUAAUCGAUAAUUUGGCUAUUACCAUUCGGAAAUUCUGUUUCGAAACCGUUGAAAUGCGGUGGGAAUGACAUCUCUGCAACGGCUUAUCAGAUCCGAAAAACAUAACACAAAGAAAAGAAAGAUCAGUUUAUGGGGAUACUCGGCUUAGUAAUUCGCAACUUUCUUCUAGUAAUUAAGUUGAACACCUUAGAAGAAAACAUCAGGAACUUUGAGCAUCAAAUUAGGUCGUAAGCAGCAGAUUGUCCCGGCAAAGAGAAAAUGAACGUCCUGGUCCAGAUUCAGCAGAAAUAACGUCCGUAGGCCGCAUACAUUAUUCAGCAUGAAUUUGAUAAACAUGGACGCGGAGAACCGCGUCGUCCUCAACGUCGGCGGGAUCAGACACGAAACCUACAAGGCGACGUUGAAAAAAAUCCCGGCGACUCGCCUGUCCAGAUUGACCGAAGCUUUGGCCAACUACGAUCCCAUUCUCAACGAGUACUUCUUCGAUCGGCAUCCCGGAGUGUUCGCACAAGUCCUCAAUUAUUACAGAACUGGAAAGCUACACUACCCAUCAGAUGUUUGUGGCCCACUGUUUGAAGAAGAACUGGAAUUUUGGGGUCUGGAUGCAAAUCAAGUCGAACCUUGUUGCUGGAUGACCUACACUCAGCAUAGAGACACGCAGGAAACACUAGCAGUCCUGGAUCGCCUCGAUUUAGACACGGAGAAGCCGAGCGACGAGGAAAUCGCAAGAAAGUUCGGCUUCGAGGAGGACUACUUCAAAGGCACUCUGUCGUGGUGGCAGCUGAUGAAGCCAAAAAUCUGGUCCUUGUUCGACGAACCGUACUCUUCGACAGCUGCAAAGGUCAUAGGAGUUUUAUCAGUAUUCUUCAUCUGCGUCUCGAUCCUGUCGUUCUGCCUGAAGACGCAUCCGGACAUGAAGGUGCCGGUGAUAAAAACCGUGUUGGUCAGGACGGCCACGAACGGUACGGACUACAUAACCGACAAAAUCGACACGGACGCCCACGUGGCGUUCUUUUACAUCGAGUGCAUCUGUAACGCGUGGUUCACCUUCGAAAUCCUCGUCAGGUUCAUCGCCUCCCCGAAUAAAUGCGAGUUCAUCAAGUCCUCGGUCAACAUCAUCGAUUAUAUAGCGACGGCCAGUUUCUACAUCGAUCUGGUGCUUAGGAAGUUCGCCGCCCACUUGGAGAACGCCGAUAUUAUGGAGUUCUUCUCUAUUAUACGUAUCAUGAGGCUGUUCAAGCUCACCAGGCACUCAUCCGGUCUGAAGAUCCUUAUCCAAACGUUCAGGGCGUCGGCCAAGGAGCUCACGCUGCUGGUGUUCUUCCUGGUGCUCGGUAUUGUGAUCUUCGCGAGUUUAGUGUACUACGCCGAGCGAAUACAAACGAAUCCGAAGAACGACUUCAAGAGCAUCCCGCUCGGGCUGUGGUGGGCGCUGGUCACGAUGACCACCGUCGGUUACGGGGACAUGGUACCGAAGACUUAUAUUGGAAUGUUUGUUGGUGCUUUAUGCGCUCUGGCCGGUGUACUGACGAUAGCGCUGCCUGUGCCCGUUAUAGUUUCCAAUUUUGCCAUGUAUUAUAGCCAUACACAGGCCCGAGCCAAACUUCCAAAGAAACGACGAAGAGUGUUACCGGUGGAGCCGACACGGGGUCCCCGAUUGCCGGGCCAGGGUCCCCCCGGGGCGGGUCCUCCGGGUAUGCCUCAGGGACCCGCCGCCGCUCAAAAUCGUCGGAUGAACGCGAUUAAGUCUAACCACCCGAAGGACAUGAUAGGGGGACCGUGUCCCAAAUUGAGUCUGAUCGGGGUGACGUCGUCUCUAAACCCAAACGGGGUUGGACUCGAAUCAAAUCCAGCAUUCUUGAUGGGCAAGCCAAAAUUUGAAAGCACCCCGAAUCAGCAACCCACACAAGUUAAUUUAGCCCAAGGAUCAGGACAAACAUAUACUACAUUGAAAACACCCAACUGAAAUGCUGCCAAAAAAAAAAUAAUAAUAAUGAUUACUGAAGAGGACUUAGCUACGCCUUCUGUCGGUGGAGGGUUAUGAAUUUUGGCUUUUCUUGAGCCUCCCCCUGAACUAGAUAGAACUUUUGAACUGUUACUAUGGAAGUGCUUGAAUAUAAUUAUUACAUUUUACAGUAGGUAGAAUAUAUGAAAAUUUAAUUUGUAAAGAGAAAACUGACAUUCUUCUGUUGACGUCGCUGAUGUCUUAUAUUAAGAUUUUUGGUGAUGAUUGUGUUCUCUUUGCAGAUUGCUCCGAAAUUAUAUAAAAUAUGUUAAACGUAAUUAAAGAAAAAUUAAUAAGGUCAUCCUGUUUAUUGAAAAUUGUAAAAUUUUAUUGUAUUUUUGUAAUAUAGUUGAACUUAGAUAGGCUCACGAAAUUAAAAUUUUAUGCUGUUAUUUCUGAUUUCCUCCGUCUGACGGACAAUUUUUUGUACAUAGUUAAAUUAUAAACCAUGGAUUAUAAGGAAGGAUCAAUAUACUCGACUCUAUAUAGCUAUACUUCCAAAUAUUCUAAACUAGAAAUAUUUAUUAAAACGAAACUAUUUAGAACGAAUAUGCAACUAUAAAACCUCCCAACAAUUUCCUUUUACUCAAAUCUACAGGGUAAACUAUAAUUACCAUAUCUCAAACCUAAAUACAAAAAACCAUAUCCAAAAAAGUACAUUUAUAGUUGCAUAUAGACCAAAUAUACCUAUAAUCAAAAUUAACAGAACAAGAAGAAUUGAACAUUGAAGUUUCGCUUCAUUCAAUUCUCUUUGCAUUUUAGGAGAAAAAAAAACAUAUAAAACAUAGCAAUAAGAGCUUAUCAUGCACAAACGUUUUCUGUAAGAUAGUCUCGGCACAAAAUUGCAUUUGUUUGCAAUUCAAAAUUUGAUAAUUUGUUAAAUUCGCCCAAGAUUUUUUCGUUGGUUAAAUCGUCUAGAAUUUCUGGACGCAUAUAUUUUUUAUUAAAUGUGGACAAGCAUGAGGUUAACAGGUUGUAAAUAAACAUAUUUAAUGUAACGUAAUACCUUUUUUAAGAUGUUAUUCACGGUUUUGUUGUUUGUCGUACAAGGAAGAUCAUUCUCAAAUUUUAUGGACACUUGUUGAACAAUUAUUUUUUAGGUAACUUGAGCUUCAAAAUACUUAAAACUAUCUCUUCUUACAAUUAGUGUAGUUAAAAAUGUUGAGAAUGGAAAUUUCUAUGAAGGUUUUAUUAAUUUUAUUGAUAGUUUACAUUCGUGACCAGUUAUGGAUAAAGUUACUAAACUUGUUCUCUAUUUGAAAUGUUAUUCUACAUAUCUGAUCUGUUUUUUUUUUUUGUACAUAGUGAUUUAAUCCGAAAAUUUUGGACCAAUUAAUGUAAUAUACUCUUUGUAAGUAUUGUGAUACACAACAAAAAGCAUAACUUUUUAGUAUUAGACAUUUUAAAAAAUUCAAAUUUUCGCUGUAAAAAACAAGAUAUGUUUGAGUUUUGCCUUUGCUACAUUAUAUACUAUGUAUGAUACAUUUGAGAAAAUAUUGUAGUGGUUAUAAGACGCAUUUUUCGAAAUCUAACAUUUAUUGAGGCCUUCCACAAAACAUAGAUGUUUAUUUUACAGUAAACAGGGUAUAAAUAUAUAAUUUCACUGGAAAAAGUAUUUACAAACCACCGAACUUUAUUGUAUUUAACGGUAACUUCUCCCAGGUGUGAUAAAACUUCAUAUUUUGUGGAUGUAACAGGCCUCUAUAAACAUCAUUACUAAUGUACGACAAAGAAAAUCGAAAGCAUUAGUAGAUAAUAAAUUUAACUAUACUUCUCUAUCAGUUACUACACUUCUCAUUGUAAAACACGAAAUGAUUUACCAACUUCACCAUGUAAUUAAUAUAAGUUAAAAUAUUGUUGGAUUCUUCCUAAGACAGUGUAAUAUGUAGAAAUUUCGAUAAUACAUAAUACUGA